AUGUCCUCUCUCAACGUCGAUCUUAUUAAUUCGGCACUUUCUGCCAUGAUGGGAUCUCACAAGUUCGUAUCAGAAAAAGAAUUUCGAGAGCAGACCAACUAUGAUGCUUCUUACGAGAAAGUCAACAUGAACUCGUUCCAUCAAUUUAACCAAGUUGGUGAUGUCGAAUCCAGCGUCAAACGAAACAUUCCGCCAGCGUUAGUAAAAACUGACAAAACAUCCAAAAACUCAGCCAGACAAAGCAUAUGUCAGCAAGUCGACUUGGCCGCACUUCAUCGGGUUAGCCUUGUCGGUGGUGAUGUCGGUGACAAUUUCGAUUCCAUCGUCAAGCGAAAUGUUCCCACUGACCAUAAAUUCAAAGGUGGGCAGGUUUUUGUUAAAACACUUACUGGGAAAACAUAUACUCUCGAAUGCGAAGCAAAUGAUACCGUAGACAAUCUAAAACAAAAGAUGGCAGACAAAUCCGGUGUUCCGCCAGACCAACAGAGAAUGAUUUUUGCAGGGAAACAGUUGGAGGAUGGUCGUACGCUCGCGAGCUGUAACAUUCAAAAAGAGAGUACAUUACAUAUGGUUCUACGUCUUCGCGGAGGUGGAUGUGUGAUCAGCUAUUUACCUUUAGACGCUUUGGAUCCAAAGUAUGAUUACGAUUUUACAAAUAUUAAGGAUAUUGGAGUGACAUAUAUGCGAGAAAAAGUUCGGUAUCGAAGACCGUGUGGAUGGCAACGCUUUGCUUUAAAGGUCUCUGGAAAAUAUGAUAAUGGUGAUGAUUCUUGGCUUGGUACUGGUGAUAAUGCUUGGCCAGUGUCUUAUCAUGGUACCGCAAAGCAUAAUGCAAAAUCAAUUUCCGAAGAAGGAUAUUUGUUGAGCAAGGGAAAGCGUUUUGCUUUUGGACGAGGUAUUUAUUCAACACCUGAUGUCCGUGUAGCCGAGCGUUACGCAACGGAAUUUAAGUUUGCCGGGAGGACGUACGUGAUAGUGAUUCAAAAUCGGGUAAAUCCAAAAAACUUGGUCAAGAUUGAGGCAACAAGAACUGGAGUUGGCGAGUAUUGGAUUUCCAAGAAUGGACAAGAU